AUGAUUUUAUUGCUUUUCUUUAUAUCUGCAGUUUUAUCCAAUUCUAUUGAUCCAAUCAAAUUAGAUUAAACAGAGAUGUUCCCCGAUUAAAAACUUCACCAUCAUAAGAAUGAAUUCAAAAUCAAAGUAACUGGAUCUGGAAUUGUCGAAUUAUAGCCUACAAUUGGAACUGUCAUUUUUCCUAUAGAAUCUCGUGACAAAUAGGCUGAUAAUGCUUUAUACUUAGCAAACAGUUUAGUCUUCACAGCUGCGGAAACAAUUAAAUGGAUUUUUUCAGAUCCACGAUCGUUCUUGGAUCCCAAAGAGGAGCAAUCGCUGAAUGGCUCUAUGAAGUUAGGAAUAGAGUCGGUGUUUUUUGAAAGAUUUUCAAUAGAGACAGGAAAAUAGUAGAUUUCUUUGAUAUAUGAUAAUAAAACACAAGUCGAAGAAUAUUUGGUCACCAAUUACUUAUAUAUAACAACCAAGCAUAUAGAUAUGAUUAAUAAAAUUAUUGUUGAAUGUGUAAAUUCGGGCUUAAAUAGAGGGGCUGGAGUUAAUUACUCAAAUAGUUAAAAAGAAGUAGAUAAAGCAAAGGAUAAGGCAUUUAAAUUAGCUAUCAAAGAUGCUAAACGAAAAGCUAAAAAUAUUGCUCGUUUGCUAAAUCUAGAAGUUCAUGAAUACCUUAAUUUUAAAUAUUUGGAUAGUGAAAAUAAUUCUGCAACAGGUUAAUGUGAUCCCAAAGCAGCAGAAAUAUUAAAUUAAGCAACAUGUAUUCCAAAUUAAUCAGCCAAGAAAUAUUUUAGAGUAGACGUUGAAUUAUCAGUAUUAUUAAAAUGA